AUGAAUUUGGGAGUAAGGAACAGCGUCAAUACCCUUGUGUCUUCCCCUGUCUCGAGGGUUUUUGUGAGAUGGUCAGCCAUUACUCGAAGAGUCAAAAUACCUGUGCAGCUAUUGAAGAACUUUGAGGGAAUCGGUGUAGCUGGUGAAAUCGUGGAGGUUAAGCACAGUAUUAUGAGAAAUCGCUUGCACCGCUACAAUGGCGCCAUAUACUUGACAAAUGGUCGAAAACCCAUAAUACCUGUUGUGGAUAAUCCUAAGAUCAAACUUAUGGAAAAGCUUAAAAUAAAAGAGCAGGAGAGGUUGAAAAAUGAACAACUACGAAAACAACAGCUAGCUCAAGAACAGCUCAAGUUGAAAAAGAUUGAAAUCGAGCAGAAAAAGGUUGCAGCUCAAAAGUUGUUAACUGGAAUUAUGUUUUCCAAAUCUGAAUCAAAGAAGAAAACCUCUAUCGAAGCAGCUGUUUCACCUGAAACAUCUGAAACAUCCGACAGUAAGACUUCACCUGAUUCAGCCAAACAACCAAAAGAAUCGGAAGACUCAAAUCAAGACCAUGUUAGUAUUAAGAUAAGUCGUUUAAGAACUUUACCUCCAUCGUUGUUGUUUUUGACAAAGGCCAGAGAAUCUGGAUAUUUGGAGAAAAAUAUUACAAAACCAGAGCUUGUCAAAAGAUUAUACAACAUGACCGAUGUGAAAUUAGAUGAAAAGAAUAUUUUAAUUUAUUACGGAGAGAAGAUUGCUGACAGAGCCGAUAAAUUGGAUGAAUUCGAUUUUGUUGGUUUAUACACAAUUUCAAUUAAUCUAUCGGGAUCAAAUACUAGACGUCAAGUCUUAAUUAAGGCCAGAAAUCUUUCUGCUAUCAAUAAACUAGUAAGGCCAACCACAAAUGCUGACAAAAAAUGA